ACGCCCCGUCACGCAGGGCUCCCGUGCUGGGGGGAAUUGGGGGAGGGACCCCCGCCCCACAUUGCGGCUGCACAGGGAACCUCCACACGCAGAUGCAGUCUACCUCUGAAGGCAGCAGCAGCAGCUGAGAUCAGGCAGGAAAGAUCCAGACUUGGGGAAAGGGGGACUCUUAGGCCUGAUUUAGUUGCAGGUUAUUGGGGGUGGGAGACAGAGGCCCACCGUCCUGCCCCUCCUCCUCCUUUCGUGCCUAUUCCCCCCCUGCAGCCUGGGAGGACUCAGAGAUGGCACAGCCGCCCUGCCCCCUGAGCUUCUGGCCCAUUGCUUGGUGGGCUUCACAGGGGAACACGGGGUCCUGCUUCUGUCCCUCCCUUACAGCGGGAGGAUUUGUCGUGGGGACACCCCGGAAGCGCCGCCAGAUGGAGGGGAGCGAGGAGUCGAGGAGCCCCACCCAAGACAGCGGGGAGCGGUCGUCUGCCCCUCCGGGCCCAGCCCCACCUGCCGGCACCUUGUGGGCUGACCUCCAGGCGCUGCUUCCCAGCACCAAGGAGGGCUUGCAGCUGGACUUUGGCGAGGCCGUGGAGAGCAGCGUCCUCUACCUGCUCCAGCAGGUGGCAGAUCUGCUCUACGGUCUGGGCAACGGCCUCGCCUCCGACCCUGGCGGCGGCGGCAGCAGCAGCACCUGCCUGUGCCUGAGCGAGGUGAUCCUGGACUACUCUUGGGAAAAGCUGAACAUCGGGACAUGGAGGGACGUGGACAAGGAGUGGCGCCGUGUCUACGCUUACGGCUGCCUCUUCAAAGCGCUCUGCUUGUGCCAUGCCGGAGGAGCCGUGCCUGAGGCCGUGCGCACCUGCGACCUGGGGCUGCUGAUGGGGGCCUCCAUCUUGGACAACGUCUUGGCCAGAAUGAUCAACAUCCUUCAGCGGCACCUGCCACACCCCAAAAGACUGGCGGGCGGAGAUGCGAAGGAACCCCUUCAAAAGAGAAUCCGCCUGGGCCCCAAGUACCCAGAGGUCCCUGCUGUAGAAGCAGAAGAGAGGAUUUUGCGGCUUUGCUGCCCGUCGCUGGAGCAUUUCCGAGAUAACUUCCUGCUCCCUCAAAAGCCUGUGAUCUUGGAAGGGAUUGUUGACCACUGGCCCUGCAUGAAGAAGUGGAGCGUGGACUACAUCCGCCAGGUGGCCGGCAGCCGCACCGUCCCCGUGGAAGUGGGCUCCCGCUACACGGACGAGGAGUGGUCCCAGGCGCUCAUGUCUGUCGAUGACUUCAUCAGCCGGUACAUCGAGACUGAGAACCACACCGGCUACCUUGCCCAGCACCAGCUCUUUGACCAGAUCCCAGAGCUGAAGCGGGACAUCGGCGUCCCCGACUACUGCUGCCUGGGCCAAGGCGAGGAAGAGGACAUCACCGUCAACGCCUGGUUUGGGCCCGCAGGGACCGUGUCGCCCCUCCACCAGGACCCGCAGCAGAACUUCUUGGUCCAGGUCAUGGGGCGGAAGUACCUGCGCCUCUAUUCCCCCGCCCAGUCAGAGAACCUGUACCCCCACGAGGGCCACCUGCUCCACAACACGAGCCAGGUGGAGGUGGAAGAUCCCGACUUGGUGAAGUUCCCCCAGUUUGAGAGGGCCGCGUUUCAGGCCUGCAUCCUGGAGCCAGGCCAGGUGCUCUUCAUCCCUGUCAAGUACUGGCACUACGUGCGGGCCCUGGACACCAGCUUCUCCGUCAGCUUCUGGUGGUCCUAGCCCCGGACGGCUGGGAGAGCGGGACGCGGCUGCCUGCCUGCCUGCCUGCCUGCCUGAACGGCUCCUCCUCCUCCUCCCCCCAAGGGAGGGAGGGACUCUACUACAGGCCGGGGCCAGAGAGUCUUCCGGAACAGAGAGCCAGAGCGAGAAGCAGCACGAGAGGGGAGUUUGGCUCGGAAACGCUUCUGUGUCGAGGUUCACAGCUCUGGCGCCGGAUGCCACCGACGAGCGUUUCCAGACCCCCGUCCCUUUCAUGAAGGAAAGGGGCACUCUGUGAAGCAGGGCCGUGGGGGGGGGGGAGGCGUGGCUGUCCGGUCUGCCCAGGAGGGCCUCUUCCUUCCCUGCACUGCUGCAUCUCUCAAAGGCGGCUGUUCCCCCACCUGGGGCACGCGUCAGAGUUUCCCUCGGCAAGCCCUGAGCGGGGGGGGGGGG